AUGGAACUUCAUGAAGAUGCCUUGGAACGCAAGGAAAUUAUGGAUUUGUUGGUUAAUCCAGGUUUGAUGAAGACUGUCAAUGACAUUGGCAGAUGCUUUACUCAUCUGGUUAGGGAGUUCAUUGUGAACAUCCCUACUGACUGUGAUGGUGAGAGCAGUUCUGAGUAUAUGAAGGUAUAUGUCAGAGGAAAGUGUGUAAAUUUCUCUCUUGAAGUUGUGAAUGAGUUUCUGGGAAGAAGACCAGUGGCUAGACUUGAUGAAGAACCUGAAUUGAAUAGGGUUGCUAAGACCCUGACUGGGAAGAUGGUCAAGAAGUGGCCAAAGAAAGGAUUGCUCCCCUCUGGGAAAUUGACUACAAAGUAUGUUGUUCUUUUCAAGAUUAGAUGGCCACCAAUCAUCUCUCUGACUUUGAAGCAUGCAGGCUCUUAUGCUGUGAGACUGUCUAUCCUAUUUCCAAGCCUUCUGUCUGAACUCAUAGUCAAACAACAUCCUCAUGUUGUGAGACCUGAUGAAACUCAAGGUAACAAACCUAUGCCUCUCAAGUUUGAUUAUCGCUUGUUUGUUGGGACACAUGAUCCAGACAUUAUGCUAUCUGCUGCAAAGGGUCCUGCCAGUACCAGUGGCUUCCAAGAUCAGGAAGAAGAGUGUGGACAAGCUCAUCUAGAGAUUCCUGCUGCUGCAGAGGAAGGGAACAGUGAAGACAUUGCUGAGAAUGUUGAGGAUGACUCAGUUGCUCAUGAGGAAGAAGAGGCUCAGUAUGAAACUGCAGGCGAAGAAGAGGAUGCAUCUGAACGGGAUAAUGAGGAGACUGAUGCAGAAGAGGAGGAGGAUGUCACUGGCUCCACCAUUUCUAGCCCACGUAGCACCUCUCUUUAA